ACCAGUGGAGACAUUUUUGGUUGUCGCAGCUUGGGGUAAGGGUGGGGGACGCUCCUGCAUCUAGCGUGUAGAGGCCAGGGAUGCUGCCAAAACCCUACACCUAUGCACAGGACAGCACCUUACAACGCGACAAAGAAUGGUCCAGGCCCAACUGUCAAUAGUGCCAAAGUUGAGAAGCCCUGGUCCAUUGCUCUGCAGGAUCCUUUCUUGCAAGGAGCUGACAGUUGAGCUCCAGAGACAGGAAGAGCCUCACAAGAAAAAGGACAAUCCCAAUCACCCCUGUACGCCAGGAUAAUGCAGACUCCACUGACCAUUCCUGUGCCCGUGCUCCGGCUCCCCCGGGGCCCUGAUGGCUUGAGCCGAGGCUUUGCCCCCGACGGACGCAGAGCCCCCCUGAAACCGGAGGUUCCUGAAAUCCCGGAGUCUCAAGAAUCUCGGGAAUCCCAGGAACAGCGGGCCCGAGCCGCCCUUCGGGAGCGCUACCUCCGCAGCCUGCUGGCCAUGGUGGGGCGCCAGGUGAGCUUCACGUUGCACGAGGGUGUGCAUGUGACCGCCCACUUCGGAGCCACUGACCUGGACGUGGCCAACUUCUACGUGUCGCAGCUGCAGACUCCGAUAGGCGUGCAGGCUGAGGCGCUGCUCCGGUGUAGUGACAUUAUCUCAUACACCUUCAAACCAUAAAGAUGUUAUCGUGUUCAUCUUUCUGCCUUGGGCGUAGCCACAGUCUCCCAGGCCUCCAUAUGCUCCUGAGCUUGGACCUGUGGGCCCCAGAGAGUUCGGAACACCCUUGGAAUUUUGAGCCAAGCUUCAAGCAACUCUGGCUUCUUGGGACAGUAAAAUUCUGCGGCCCCAGGAGUUCUAGAUCCUGUUGAAAGGAAGGCUCUACCUCACAGAACUCUAAACUGUACAGAUACACGGGCCUCAUGCCCGUUCCUGAAGAUUCCGGGUGGAGAGAGGGAAUAAAGGAAGGCAAAUUGUCUAGUGGGAAAUUGUCUGUUGAAGAGGCUGCAAAGUUCAGCCACCCUGGAAAUACUCCCCU